UGAUGACGACGAUGAUGAUGAGGAGGAAAUGGAAGUUGAAACAUUCAAGGCACCAAAGUUUGGAAGCCGCUCUAAACACCUGCGCAAGAAGAAGGAAUCUUCAUCCUCAGAAAGUGAUGAAGAGGAAGAGGAGAGUGAAGAAGACAAUCAGGGUGCCAGUUCAGAUGAUGAUUCUGAUCCUGACAUGGAGAGAAAGAAAGACCUAAAGGAAAGAGAUGAGUUUGCUAAAAGGUUGAGGGACAAGGAUAAAGAAAAGACUCGGAGCGUCAUGUCAAAGUCUGAUAAAAAGGCAUAUGAAGAAGCAAAGAAAAGGCUAAAGCUGGAGCAGGAGGACAGGAAGAAGAUCAUCCCUGAGCUACGGAAGCAAUCUCGGCGGGAUUACCUGAAGAAGAGAGGCAACGACAAGCUGGAGGACCUUGAGGCGGACAUUGAGGAUGAGAUUCGUUUUUUUGGAAAAGAAAAGCUUACGAAACGGGAACAAAAGGAUCUUGAGUACAAGAAGACUGUCCUAAAACUGGCCAAGGAGCAUCGCGCAGCAGGAGAGCUGGAAAAGGUUGAUCGUUAUUACAUACCCAAAGACGACGUCAAGCCUCAAGAGAAAUAUGUGGAAGACAAGUCAGAGCAGCGCAUGGGCUCCGAGCAAUCUCGGUGGGAGGAGGAACACCUCAGCGCAGCCAUCAUGAAGUUUGGGGCCAAGGAUGCCAAAGAUAAAAAGAAGUCGAAGGACUAUGAGGUUAUCAUGGAUGAAGAGAUAGAGUUUGUGCAGACGCUUAAGAUGCCCGGAACAGUGAAAGAUAAGGUCAAAGAAAAGAAAUCUGCGCCAAAACUUGACAAGAAAUCAUCCAUAGAGGAAACGAAAAAGAGCCUCCCGAUCUACCCGUUCAAGAAGGAUCUGAUUCGGGCAGUGCGAGACCACCAGGUCCUCAUCAUUGAAGGAGAAACAGGCUCAGGGAAAACCACACAGGUCCCUCAAUAUCUCCACGAAGCUGGAUUCACAAAGAAAGGUAUGAAAGUGGGCUGCACCCAGCCUCGCAGAGUAGCAGCCAUGUCUGUGGCGGCUCGUGUGGCAGACGAGAUGGGCUGGAAGCUGGGGAACGAGGUGGGCUACAGUAUCAGGUUCGAGGACUGCACCUCCGAGCGUACCAUUCUCAAGUACAUGACGGACGGCAUGCUUCUCCGAGAGUUUCUCAGUGAGCCAGACCUGGCCAGCUACAGUGUGCUCAUCAUCGACGAGGCCCACGAGCGCACGCUGCACACCGAUGUGUUGUUUGGUCUCGUCAAAGAUAUUUCACGCUUCCGCCCAGACUUAAAAUUAUUGAUCUCCAGUGCUACCCUGGAUGCUCAGAAAUUCUCUGAGUUUUUUGACGAUGCGCCGAUUUUCAGAAUUCCCGGUCGGAGGUACCCAGUGGAUAUUUACUACACGAAAGCGCCAGAAGCGGAUUAUUUAGAUGCAGCUGUGGUCUCAGUGUUGCAGAUUCAUGUGACUCAGCCUAUGGGAGACAUUUUGGUAUUUCUUACUGGACAGGAGGAGAUUGAAACAGCUAAUGAAUUUUUGUUAGAAAGGACUAGAAAGCUGGGUUCUAAAAUCAAAGAAUUGAUAGUGCUUCCCAUUUAUUCAACAUUGCCUUCAGAAAUGCAAGCCAAGAUUUUUGAACCGACGCCUCCAAAUGCAAGAAAGGUGAUUUUGGCCACCAACAUCGCAGAGACAUCCCUCACUAUUGAUGGAAUUGUGUACGUCAUAGACCCUGGUUUCUGCAAGCAGAAGAGCUACAACGCAAGAACUGGAAUGGAGUCCCUGGUUGUGACCCCAGUCUCAAAGGCAUCAGCCAAUCAGCGGGCCGGGCGGGCAGGACGAGUCUCUGCGGGAAAAUGUUUCCGCCUCUACACCGCCUGGGCCUACAAGAACGAGCUGGAGGACAACUCGGUGCCGGAGAUCCAGCGCACCAACCUGGGCAACGUGGUCCUGCUGCUCAAGUCCCUGGGGAUCAACGACCUCUUGAACUUUGACUUCAUGGACCCCCCUCCUCACGAGACCCUGGUGCUGGCCCUGGAGCAGCUGUACGCCCUGGGCGCCCUCAACCACAUGGGUGAGCUGACCAAGCUGGGCAGACGUAUGGCCGAGUUCCCAGUGGACCCCAUGAUGUCCAAGAUGAUUCUGGCCUCGGAGAAGUACAAGUGCUCCAAAGAAAUCAUCACCAUCGGGGCAAUGCUGUCCGUGAACAACGCCAUUUUCUACCGGCCCAAAGACAAAAUAGUGCACGCAGACACGGCGCGUCAGAACUUCUUUGUCCCCGGUGGCGAUCACCUCACGCUACUCAACGUGUACAACCAAUGGGAGGAGACGGAAUACUCCACGCAGUGGUGCUACGAGAACUACAUUCAGCACCGGUCGAUGAAAAGGGCACGGGACGUCAGGGACCAGCUGGAGGGGUUGUUGGAGAGGGUGGAGAUUGAGGUCACUUCCAAUCAGAAUGAUACUGUGGCCAUUAGAAAGGCAGUCACAGCUGGUUAUUUCUACCACACCGUUCGGCUGACAAAAGGAGGCCAGUACAAGACAGUCAAGUCCCAGCAGACAGUGAUGGUCCACCCCAACAGUUGUUUGUUUGAGGAGCACCCAAGGUGGCUGGUCUACUUUGAACUUGUCUUCACCACAAAGGAGUUUAUGAGACAGGUGAUGGAAAUUGAGAACCUUUGGCUCCUGGAGGUGGCACCCCAUUACUACAGGGCUAAGGACCUAGAGGAUGGCUCUGGCAAGAAACUCCCAAAGAAGAUGGGCAAGGCCAAGGAAGACCUUGUACGGAAUUACUGAGAAUAUGGAGUAAAUUUUUCGCCACAUCAGAGAUAGUGAUGUCUUGUACUUGCUGGUUUAAAAAAAAAUGAGAUUCAACUCCAUGGUUCUGUGCAUUCAGUCGAUUUUGCUUCAGAAAACCAUUUUCCAAAAUUGGAUGUCAAUGAGAGAAAUCUGGUUGGGGAAGGGCAAUUUCACAAUGUAGAGCGCUUUGAUCUGUGUACAAAAACUAGUUCUCUGGAUACAGUUCAGAAAAAGUAAUGUUGCUUCUGUGUUAAAGACUAUAGUAUGAUGUCAAGUUCUUUGAUGACUGCACAAAUGAAUUUUUGCUUGUGAGAGAUCAAUAGGAUGAGUUAUAUGAUCUGUCCCAUGUGCUGUUGAUGGGGAAAGCUGGAAGGAACCUUCGGUAGCUAAUAAAUGUUGUGAACCACAAACAUGUACUCUCCGGCUCCUCCAAGAAUACAGUCAUACUAUCAUGUGCCUGUUAUUUUAUUUAAAAGUUGUUCGUCCUUGAUUGUAUGGCUGCGAUAAUUUUUGUUGAAGGUGUUUGUAAAUUUGCAUCUUGAACCAAUCUUUCAUAACCUUUCGAAUAAUUUCAUUUUCUCCAAAUUUUCUUUUUUUGUGACGUAAAGUGUUUUAUCCACCAUUAAUUUCAUCAUUCAAAGGUGAAAUGCUCCGUUUAGAAGUAUGGUACUGAAUUAGCCUACAGAAAUGUAGCCGACAUACUUAGGAUUUGCCUGAAGAUGUUUGCAAAGACUGUACAGACCGUAGUGGAAACACUCUUGAUGAAGGAAUGAAGGAACCAAAGCCUGCAAACUCAUAUGUGAGGCAUCGUGGUAAAAUUGGGCGC